AUGGCAAAACGUAAAAAGACACCAUCAGCACCAACAACGAAUAAACCUUCAUCACUAAUAGAAAUUCUGCAAAGUUUCGGAAUUAUAGUCAAGACAAAAGUAAAUUUUCACGAUAGGAGAAAGGUACAAAGUUUAGAACAACAAUUUACUGAACACUACAUGAAUGAAAGUUUAUUGAUACUUGAUGAACCUAAUGAAGAUCAUUUCGAGGAAAUUAAUCAUCAAAUUGUUAAUGGAAAUUUAUAUUCAGUUGGUUAUCGUAAGAAUCAGUUUUUUGUAAAUAUUAAGAAAUCGAAAUUACUUAUUCGAUUUAAAUGUGAUUUUGAUCAUUCAGGUUUAUUUGAUAAGGUAGAUGAUUUUUUUUCUGAUAAAUCUACAGAAAUGGUAAAGAAGGAGAUGUUCUAUUCGAUUGUUAAUUCGGAGAGAAAGAAUACUAAUGUGAUGCAUAUUGAAUUUGAUUUGAAAUUUGAUUCUUUUGUGGAGAUUGUUAAAUAUCUGAAUAUUUCAGAAAGUAGGAUUGGGGAUUUCAUGUUAGAAAAUGAAAUUCUUUCAAGAUUAGUUGAAAUUCUUGAUGUUGACCAAGAAAAGAAACAAGUGUAUAUCAAACUCAAGGCAUUUGGCAUUGAUGCAACAGCAAAUGUAUCAAGUUACUACUUGAUGGGAAAAAUUGAUGGUAGUCAAUCAUGUUUCAUGCUCGAUUUAUCUUAUUACAUGGACAGAAAUCCAAACCUUUCAACCAUUGACAGCAUUUACAGAUUUUUCACACCAAUCCAUAUCAAAAAUCGAAUUUAUGACAAAGGAACACCAUCUACAUUCCAUGAUUGCAAGAAUAUUGGAAUUUAUAGAGUAUUAAUUGGAUAUUUCUUUUGUGCAAUGACGGAUUCAGAUGCAGGAAAGCACGUUAAGAGAAAUAACAUUCAUCCAUAUGAUAUUACAUGA